CCGGGCCCGCUCCGCGCCUGCGCCGCUCCCGCUCCCGCCAUGGCGGGCGCGCUGGGCGGCAUGUUUGGCUCGCAGGGCCCGGGGCCGCCGCCGCCGGGGCCGCCCGGCCCGCCCGGCCUCAUCCCGCCGCCCGCGGGGCCGCGCAACCCCAACAACACGCUGGUGGACGAGCUGGAAGCGUCCUUCGAGGCCUGCUUCGCGUCGCUGGUGAGCCAGGACUACGUGAACGGCACGGACCAGGAGGAGAUCCGCACCGGUGUUGAUCAGUGCAUCCAAAAGUUUCUAGAUGUUGCAAGACAAACUGAAUGCUUUUUUCUACAAAAAAGACUGCAGCUAUCAGUCCAGAAACCAGAACAAGUAAUUAAAGAGGAUGUUUCAGAAUUAAGAAAUGAAUUGCAGAGAAAAGAAGCCUUAAUUCAGAAGCAUUUGAGUAAACUGAGACACUGGCAACAGGUCCUGGAAGACAUCAGUGUACAGCACAAAAAGCCUGCAGAAAUGCCUCAAGGUCCAUUAGCUUACCUAGAACAAGCAUCUGCAAAUAUUCCUGCUCCAAUGAAGCAAACAUAAUCUUCAGUUUGUACAGCUCAAUAUUUUAAAAACAAUUGUGCUAUUUGUAUGCUUUUUGUAUAAUGUAAUAUGUACUGCAAAUAUAAUUAAAACAAUUAAGCCAAAUAAAUUUUCUUCUUUUUUUUUUAUUACAGAAAUAUGGAUUGGUUUAAUGUUGUAAUAGAAAAUAUUCAGAGUUGCUGUUCAGGGUGCUUUCUGGUAGAAGUGUGUCUCCUAGAAUGCAUCCUUUUCCUUCUAGAGAGGGUGGCUCUUGCUUUCCCCUCUGUCUUUUCGGUAUGAUCAAAAUAUUUGCAAAGAUUAGUGUUUAAUUUUUCUGGAAUAUUUAAAUGUUUUGUGAUUCAGUAAUUGUCCAUGAGUACCAUUGCAGAAAUACCCUUACAAAUGUCUGUAUGUAGUUAAAAUCACUUUUUUUUUUUUUUAAGUGAAUAGUCAGUCUCCACUGGACUGGCUCACUUCAUGGAAGACAUCUUGGGGAAUACUAAUUUGGUUCUUACAGAAUUAAUUGAAAUGGAAGAACACACACAAAAGGGUGGGAUAUGUAAUUCAGGCCACGUUACUGAUGUUCAAACUCUCAGACUACUCAAGAGGUGUUCCAAAAUACCUACCCCCAAAAUACAGAUCAGUCAUUGUGAAGGUAGAAUCACCACCACUGUCAGUAUACAGAAUUACCUUCUAUUGCAGUGCUCUAUUUAGUUAAGGUAAAUGUAGCCAAAAAAGAUUUUGGGAGGUCUCUAACCUUCAAAAAGAGUCCUGUUUAUUACUAAGCAACAAAUGUAAUUCAUCCAUAUAAACCACUUUUCUACAUAUACCUUUUUGGGGCAGAGUUGAAUAAUGAAUUAUUGUACUCCUGGAAAUAAGAAUUGCUAAUUGUGUAUUGAAAUUUCCAGUGUUCUCCAGGCAGCGUGGAUGAAAAAUAAUGAAAACAGCGCUGUACAUUUCCAUCCUCACAGAUGCCAAGGUACCCAUUGGUGUUAACGUACACUAUUUCAUCUCCUGAUUACAAGUAUGAAAAGUACUUUUUUGCCAUAUCUACUGGCAAAGUCACUUUUCCAACCAAGCAGUUCCUCUUAAAAAAAAUACUAGACAACUAGGAUGAAAAGUAUUGGUCUGUAGAAGAGUUCUGCCCUUCCUUCUACCUCCUCCAGUGAGAUGCAGUGGCUGUUUUGUAUGGACUGUUUGCAUCUGGUGGUGUAGCUCUUGCUUGCUGUUGGAUGUAAGAAGAGGUUAAGCUGGAGAUAUACCUCUUUGCACAUGUAAAAUUUUUUUAGGAACUAUCCUGUCUUAAACAGCAAUAACUGUUACACUUUCACACUUACUGGUUCUGCCCUGCCAGCAAUGAAUUAGCAUGAUCUGAUAAAUGUAAUCAUUCCCACAUUUUGCUUUUAUGUGGGUAUAAAACUAGUAUGGAGUUAAAAGGUACAAGGGUGCAGUUGCCAUCACUCUGGAACUCAGUGUACAAGUCUUACUUCAACAUAACAUAGAACUCUUCUGAAAAACGUAGAAAUUGGAUAAUUUACAAGCUUUAAUGUUCAUAUUUACACAUCAUCCUAAUUUAUCAGGCUGAUACAUAUACUGAAAUUCAAUGGGAAUGCUACAUAGAAAUGCUGACUAUACAAAGCUAUUUAUGAAGCAAAGCAGAUAUUAUUUCUAAACCAGCCUUCUAUAAACGUGCUGUUUUUGAAGGUGUGCCACAUGCUGUGCAUCUUAAAAUUUGUUUAACAAAAAACAUUAAAAAACAUUUAAAAUUACAUUGUUAUAUGCAGCACUUACUUUAAACAGCUGAUGAAGCCAGCAUAUAAAUGUACAGAAGGAAGAUCUUUUUUCAGCUGAUGCUAAAUUGACAGAAUGUGUCAGAGUCCAAAUUCCAUAUUUAAUGAAAUUUUGGAGUGAUACAGUCUCUUCAUUAAAAAGUCUUUUCAUAUAACUGCAGCCAAACUUUUCCUUCAUUUUUUACAGAAGUUGUUAAAAAAAUGCAUUUUCCUGAAAUUCAUGCCUGUAGCUCCAUAGUUACUCGAUGUAAGAAAGUGCAGGUAUUUCCUAACUUUACUUAGAAAUUAUAUGUUUGUUGUUUUUUUUCUUCUCUUAAAUGAUCUAUUGGAUUAUCAUUCCUAAAAGGAAAACCAGAAUGACUUUUAUAGUAAUUUUGAAAAGUAUGGAAAUAGUUUGCUUUAAAAUGAAAAAUACUUGGUAAACCAUU